AUGGUUUCAAACAAGUUGAUUGUUGCUGCUUUUGCAGCUCUGGCUUCAGUGGCCAAUGCAAGCCCCUGUAAGCCGUCGUUCACCAAGGCCACCACUACGUCUGCCACCGAAACUACCGGGUCUUCCACUUAUGUUGAGACCAGCACCUCGAUCACUGAGAGCCAGACUGUGACCGAAAGUGAGACAGUGACUGCGACCACUGAUGCUACUACAGAGGCUCUCAGCACCGAAGCCUCAACGACUGUUGCCGAGAGCGCUACGACAACCACGUCAGUUGACGAACCUCUUCUCACCAACGCUGGCUUCGAAGAUGGCACAACUGCCCCGUGGCAGUUGCUAACGGAGCAUGAAGAUGCUCUGGUCCUUGGCAGCGGAUUCCAGAGUCCAGCCUCUGGCAAAGUCCAGUUUGAAGCUAACGGUGGCGCCCAGUAUGCCGAUCUUAUUAUCCAAAAGAUCAACAAGCAGAUCCUCAAGGCGGGCUCAUAUGACCUCCAAGGCCAUACCCGCGUUGAUAGCUAUAGUCAAAGUGGAGAUGGCUGCAGUGUCAUCAUCGCCGCUUGCCUCACUGGAUCUGGUGAAAAUUCGGUUAUCGUGCCAGCUUCGGUGGCGCGGGCAAGCGCAGAGAAUUCCGCCGAUGACUGGUCCCUGAUAGAAACUACGUGUACCUUCACCGACGAGAUGAUAGCUGGGGAUGACGAUAUCAGCGUUGUGUUUGGGUUCUCCUGUUCUAAUUCGGGUGCUUAUCUCGACGCUGUUGAGCUCAAGCCGGCUGCUGUAAUCCCCAACACCGACACUACCACGGUUGCCUCCGAUACUACUACGGCUGCCACCAACACUGAGACUAGUAUGGCAAUUACUACCACUCAAGCAACUACAGAGGUCACCUCAACCGAGGGCUCAACGAUCGCUACCGAGACUGCGACCACGACUACAGCAGCCGAUGCAGACCCAACGCCUCUUCUCAUCAACAGCAGCUUCGAUCUCGAUACUACUGAGCCUUGGCUGUCGAUUGGCCCCGACGCCGUCAAUCGCGACACCACCAGUCCCUUCGAAGGACCCGCUUCUGGACGACUCGAAUUUGGAAUUGAUGGCGGAGGUUCAUACGCGAACUACAUUUGCCAGGCGAUCGAGAUAAAAGACCUCAAAGCAGCCUCUUACCGACUCGCAGGCUCCAUCCGCGUCGACUACUAUACUGGUAGCGUCACUGGCGAUGGAUGCAAUACUUUCGUCCUUGGUUGUACCGUUGGAGACCCAAACGACUUGAAUUUUAUUCAGGACUCAACUGUAGUAGGCAGCCCUGUCGGCGCCGUAAACACCUGGCUGCCGCUGGAUACAACUUGCACGCUUACGGAGGAGAUGCUGUCUCAGUAUGACUAUGUUAGCGUUACUUUUGGAUUCAGCUGUGCCAAUGCCGGUGCCAACCUUGACGCUGUGACAUUCGAGGAAGUUAAUUAG